AUUCGAGAAUUGGUUGUUAUUGAUGUGUGUACUUUUUCGCAAUGCGUUAUACCUAUUGUCGGUAUAUUUAAGAGUAGAUAUUACUUGAUGAAUACUACACUCCGAGAUGAACAAUCCUGAGAUAUUCUGAAUGAGAUAAAAUCAAUCUAUCACGUAUUACAGAUAUGGAGGCCUUUAUCAAUAUCUCCCUAUCCGUUCAGUAGUUCUCAAGAUUGAUUAAAGUGCACACGUGUUAAGAUGCCACACAGAAAGAUCUCUCGUGGACCACCGGAACUUAUGACGAUCUUAUUUGAAGUAGCCAGCAACAUUCAGAUAAAAGAUAUAGAGUAUGUUCUUGAGUUUGGCUGUGACGAAGUUGACUGCUACUACGGCGGUCUUUACAAAGUGACCAUAACAGGAUACAGAAAUGGAUGCAAAGUUAAGAAGAAAUAUAUCAUAAAGUGGCAUUCUGAUCCAAAAAAACGAAAUGCUUUCCGUAAAGCACAUAAACGUGAGUUUCUAUUCUAUCAAAAAAUUAUCCCAGCGUAUCUCGAAAUUCAAAACCGUUUCAAAGUUAUUGAGGGACUAAAGACAAAAUUUCCGAAUUGUGAUUUCGCUUGCUGUGACAAAGGAAGAGAGGCCAUUGUAGUGUCGGAAACACAAGGAUACAAGGUUCACGACAGAUUUCAAAAGUUAUCACUGGACCACGUUUCACUCGCGGUGAAAAAUUUAGCGAAACUGCACGCUCUGUCUUUUGUGCUGGAAAAAUCUCAACCAGAGAAGUUUGAGGAAAUAAAAAAGGCAUGUUAUUUCGACGUGCAGUAUGCAGAUGUAGAGCUCAUGCCAAAGUCAUUGUUCUCAUAUUACGAGGUUUCAGUGAACGUUGUUAAAGAUGCAUCAGCGAAGAAGAAGCUGCAAGAUAAUAUAUCAAACGUACUUAGAAUUUUGCAUAAGUGUGCAAUGCCGGAUACAAAAUACAGCACCAUUUGUCAUGGCGACUGUUGGAAUAAUAACAUUCUCUACAAAUAUCAGAAAAGCAGGCCGGUGGAUGUAAUGUUUAUCGACUGCCAACUGCUCAGAUACGCAUCACCCGUCACCGAUAUAUCGUACUAUUUGUACAUGACUACUGACCACGAAUUCCGCUUAAAAUAUUAUGACCACGUCCUCUCUUUGUAUUACUGGACAUUAUCGGCGGUGCUGCGUCAAUGUGAUUGGGACAUUAAUGAAAUCUACCCAGAGAGUAUUUUCCAACAGCAUCUGAAAGAUUACUCGGUGUUUGGUUUGAUAGAAGCUUUGAUAUCAAUGAAGAUAAUUACGGCAGAAAUAGAGGACGCGCACAAGAUGACAGAGGUGAAAUACGAGCUGACCGAAGAAGGAUCGUGCGGGAGUGAAUUGCAGAAUAGUUUGCUAUACGAGCAGCGAGUGAACGGUGUUGUCAAUGAUUUCUUUUCGAGAAACUAUUCCUUGGAUGCUGUUCUUAGUAAAUGAUAACGAGGAUCUCAUGGGUUUUACUAAUGGUGACUCGACGUUUGGCUGGCAACAUAUUAUGCAAUUUAAACCGUUGAUGGUUGUAAUCUUAGAUUAAUAAAACCUAGAUAGAUAGUCAGUGCACGAAAGGUGAGGCAGAUUUUAGUAAGCCAGAAUGGCUUACUCGUAAACGUCACAUGAACUGUCAAAGUGAAAAAUUGGUAAACACGUCCGACGACUUUUAAUUAAUUAAGACGGUUUGUGCUGUGAAAGGGUGUCUAAAUACAUCAGAAAAACUAAAGAAAGUGACCAGUGUUACAUUUCAUAAGUAAGUAGGUACUACAAUUCGACGCGUAUUUUGCUUGAAUUUGGCUUUCAAAAAUUAAAUACGGGAAUGAUACCAGUAACAAGAAAAUUUAUUUCCCAAUUGUUCGCCGUACAAAUACACUUCCUUUUUUAUGAAAUCGAGACUUUUCAGUCGAUUUAUCUUAUUGUAAUUAGGUAGGUACUUUGAAUUCAAUAAAUAAGUAAGUACAUGA